AUGGUUCUACAUCGCACUACAAUCCAGCGAAGGGAGCACUUGACGAACUACUGCAAAGAAGUGAACCCGGCAUCAACGUGGAAAUCUACGACCAGGCACGCCAUCGCAAGAUGGAAGCCCCAGAUCAAGCUCGGACAAUUCACGUACGAAUCUGCCCGGUUUGCGCUGGAGUUUCGAGGGGCCGGUCACCAGGAUGAUCGAGGGGCCGAUCACCAGGAUGAUCGAGGGCCCGGUCGACAGGACGAUCACAGGGAUGAUCGAGGGGCCGAUCACCAGGAUGAUCGAGGGCCCGGUCGACAGGACGAUCACAGGGAUGAUCGAGGGCCCGGUCGACAGGACGAUCACAAGGAUGAUCGAGGGCCCGGUCGACAGGACGAUCACAGGGAUGAUCGAGGGGCCGAUCAACAGGAUGAUCACAGGGACGAUCCAGGGACCGGUCACGGAGCUGGUCUAUGGCCCGAUCCGAGAAACGGCGGCCCAGAUCCUGUGGGCGUGGCUGCCAGCGGCGUGGUUCGCACAGAUGUUUCCUCGCGUCGCAAAGGUGCCAAGAUCUGGAGAGCCCGCCCCCACCGGCAACGAUGCUCAUCGAUCCAAGCCCAAGCUCCCGCUGCCGGAGCUUGGCAAGGGAAAGGAGGUGCCGUCCCGGACGAGCCAAGCCUUCAUGAGGGUUCCGUGUUCCAGGAUGUGCACCGCUCGUGCCGCCGAGUCCUCUCACUCUCCUUGACGAUGGCCUCUGUCCUUUCUUUCCUCUCUCACGGACGGAUCGACCCUCGUUCUUAGUUUCUCUCCCUCUCGGAUCGCAUUCUUGUUUUGCUCGAGAAUCCGAGAUUCUUGUAUCUACUCUGCUCCGAUCGAUGAAACGAUCGUUGAAACGAAUUUACUUGCUUUGC